AUGAAGACGACAACGACUCUGGCCGGGUUGGUCGCCGCAUCCUUGGCCGCCGCCGAUGACUAUCUGUACAGCACUCGCUUCUCAAAGCGUGGCUUGCUUGACAAUGGAAACUACAAUCUCUCCUUCUUUCACGUCAACGAUGUACACGCUCAUUUGGACCAGUUUACCAAAGCUGGCGGCGACUGCAAGGAUCCCACAAAGGGCUGCGUUGGAGGUUAUGCUCGCAUCAAGACCAAAGUCAAUGAGCUUCGCCAGAAGCACCCGGACCACCUGUGGCUCAAUGCCGGCGACGAGUUCCAGGGCACCCUGUUCUACACCUUUUAUGGCGGGGAGAAGAUCGCCCAAACCAUCAACGACCUCAAGUUUGAUGCCAUGACCCUGGGGAACCACGAGUGGGACGGCGGUGACGAGAAGCUCGGCAAAUUCCUCAAGAACCUCACCUUCCCCGUCGUCUCGUGCAACGUCAAGAGCACCAACAAGGAUCUGAACGAGACCAUCAAGAACUACCACAUCUUCGAAAAGCAUGGUGUUGCCGUCAUUGGCGCCACCACGGAGACUACGCCCAACAUCGCCAACGUCGGCAAAGGCACCACCUUUCUGGAUCCUAUCCCCGAGAUCCAGAACGCAAUCUACGAGAUCCGCAACAAGACAAAGGUCAAGCGCAUCGUCGCCUUGACCCACCUAGGCUACGAGGUGGACCAGAAGCUCGCCCAGGAGACCGAGGGGCUAUCCCUCAUCAUCGGCGGCCACAGUCACUCCCUGCUAGGCGACAUGGACAAGGCCGAGGGCAAAUAUCCCACCAUUGUCAAGGACAAGAGCGGCCACGAAGUAUUCGUCGUCACCGCUUACCGCUGGGGGGAGUAUAUCGGAUCCAUCGAGCUGACCUUUGACGAGGACGGCAAGGCCCUGUCGUACCACGGCGCCCCGAUCCACAUGGACAACAGCACGGCUUUGGAACCCGAGCUCCAGAAGAACAUCACGGCUUGGCGCGGACCCUUUGAAAAGUAUGCCGCCGAGGUCAUUGGUGUUUCCCAGAACGUCCUGGACCAAACCGCUUGCCAGAAAGGCGACUGUCUCCUGGGUCAAGUCAUUGCCGACGCCAUGCUGGAGUAUCGCCAGAACCAGACCAGCAGCGGCAACGACGCCAAGCCAGACUUUGCCUUGAUCAACGCGGGCGGCGUACGCGCCACCAUUGACAAGGGCAACAUCACUCGCGGCCAGGUCCUGACGUCCUUCCCCUUUGGCAACGCCAUCACCCAGCUCAAGUACUCCGGGUCCGAUCUGCGCAAAACCCUGGAAGGCUGCGUCUCCCACAUCAACCAGUUCAGCCACAAGGAAACAAGCUCGUGGUUCCAGGUGUCCAGAAACGUAGUGGUCGAGUAUAACCCCGCAAGGGACGCCGGGUCCAGACUGGUCAACGUGACGGUUGCGGGCAAGGCCCUCGACGACAGGGCCGACUACAACGUGGUGACGGUGGACUUUUUAGCUGGCGGCGGAGACAACCUGCUGAAACCCAGCAAGGAUUUCGUAGCCCUCGAGUCGCUGGACCAGGUGCUCGUUUCCUACGUCAGUUCACACUCGCCGUUGACGAAUGCGCUCGAAAGACGCGUCUUUUCCUCCAACAGCACGGGAAACAGCACCGGGAAUAGCGCUAGCGACAAGUCAGCUGCCGCCCCGCUGCGAGCACCUGCUUUGGCGUUGGUCGGUUCCUUAGGUAUCUCGGCUGCAUGUGCCUUGUUAUUCCUGUAA